CCGCCGCCAGCCACAGCGCCAUGUACCUCGGGCCCCGGCGCAAGAAGCUCUGGCGGGAGGAGAAAGAGCGUUUGUUAAAGAUGACUUUGGAGGAGAGGCGCAAAGAAUAUUUGAGGGACUAUGUUCUACUAAAAGAUAUUCCAACAUGGAUGGAAGACAUGAAAAGUAAAAGUGAAAGUGAUGAUAAAAACACUAAGGAAGUUUUGCAGGUGAAGAAAAGUCUGAGUGAGAAGGUUUCUCUCUAUAGAGGUGAUAUUACCCUGCUUGAGGUGGACGCCAUAGUUAAUGCAGCUAAUUCCAGUCUUCUAGGAGGUGGAGGGGUGGAUGGUUGCAUACACAGAGCUGCUGGGCCCUGCUUAGUUGCUGAAUGUCGCAACCUGAGUGGCUGUGAGACAGGACAAGCUAAAAUUACAUGUGGAUAUGACCUACCUGCAAAAUAUGUCAUUCAUACUGUGGGGCCAAUAGCAAGAGGCCAUAUCACUGAUAUUCAUAAAGAAGACCUGGCAAAUUGCUAUAAAACUUCCCUGAAACUGGCAAAAGAAAACAACAUCAGAUCAAUUGCAUUCCCCUGUAUUUCGACAGGAAUUUAUGGUUUUCCAAAUGAGCCAGCAGCUGUCAUUGCCCUUACCACUAUUAAGGAAUGGUUGAGCAAGAAUCACAACGAGGUGGAUCGGAUCAUCUUCUGUGUCUUUUUGGAGGUCGACUACAAAAUUUUCAAGAAGAAAAUGGGCGAGUUUUUCCCUAUAGAUGAUGAAAAUGAAGAGGAGGCAGAGAUGAGUGAAGAUACAGAGGGAUUGGAACAAAAAGGCCAGCCUCCAUCUCCAACAAAGUGCAAAUCAAAGCAAGUGGAAGACCUACGGGACGAUAAAGAGGAUGAUAAUGGCACAGAGGAGAAGCAGAGUACUGAAGAAACUGAAGGCCGGAGCCAAGAAGCAGAUGAGACAAUGCCUUCAGAUGUACUCAGCCAACCUUCAGAAGAAGAAAUAGAGAUGCAUGUGGACAAAGAGUCUUCAAAAGAUUUCAAAGCCACACAAGAGAAUGACCCAGCACAUCGUGAAAUGUGUGAGCAAGAUGAAGCGGAAGAGCAACAGGAUGAUUCGUCAAAGGAUGAGAUGAAAACUGAUGCUGAUUCCCAAAGCUCCUGCAUGGAACUAGAAGAAUCUUUGUUGAUCCAAGAAGAUGCAGUAAAGGUGGAGAAACCUGUGAUUCCUGUAAUAGACGAAGAUAAAGAAGGAAACAAAAAAGAAAAAACAGGAGCAACACCAGGGAAAGGGAAGCCGUCUGCAGAGCCUGUGAAAGCUGAAAAUCCAUGUGAUACAGAAAACAUCUCCAGUAAUGAUGCUGAAAUGAAUAGCCAGGUUGAAAGUAUAAAUGAAUCUACAGAAAGCCAGCCAGAAGAUUAACUAAUAGGAACGAUAGGAGAAGAGAACAAUGCGGUGAAACUCGACCGGCAGUCAUUGGCAUCGUAUGGCAUCAUUCUGACUAUCAGCAGAAAGAGCACCAAAAAUGUGCUCAGUGGGAUGGAUGGGAGGGGGAGGGAGGUCAGGGAAAAUGAAUCUUUGCUUUAUUUCCUCUUAAUUCUUGGUUGCAUUUUGUUCUGUAAACCUGUUUAAAAGAAACGGAGCUUCCCAACUUUAGUUGUGGUGUCCCAGUUCUAACAUUUUUUGCAUUGUCUCUGCAAUUAUAGCAACUUCUUUUGAACCAGCAGACCAGAUCAGAGCUAGUUUCCACCCCCACCCCGUUAUUGUUAGCCUCCUGACUCGCUUCCCACUUAUGGUGCAUUAUUCAGGGUGAUCUAUGGGAAUGGGACUUCCCCCUCUCCUGCUAUUCUCUGGGAUAUGUUUGGGGGAUUUGUUUUGAGAGCAUGAACAUUGCAAAGGAAUGUUAUAAUCCACAGAGAACAGCUGAUCUUAGGACUUUUAAGGAGCAGCUGUUUCAGCCUACCCAAAAGAGCGAAGGUGCUGCAGGCUGCCACCUCCUGCCACUUCCAGGACUGUCAGUAGGAACUUCUGACUGGAUGUGCCAACGCAAAAUAUUUAGAGUUUGGGAGACCCUGAUUACUGCCACCUUUGAGCUAAGAAAAGAGCUAACAGGAUCUUUUUAGUGCAUGAUAGACUCAGACUCGUGCUUUAACUGUAUAGGCUUGAUGUUUUGGGACCUUGUUGCUCCUUUGUUCACUGAAUGGAAAUGUCUUUUGCCCACUCUAGAUCUCUUUAAAUCUAAAAUAUGAUUAGCAUAUACUUUGCAGUGGAUCAGCUGGUGGUAUAGACUGUGGUUGAAACUGCUACCACCUAGUGUAGUUUUUAAAAUAGAUUAUAUUCUGACCUCUGCAAGUUGAGGCUGCAUGCCUAAAAGUUAGUAUUUCAGAUAAGUAUUAAAGUACCUGUGGGCAGUUAAUGUUUUGUUGAACUUGUGGGUAAUGGAGGAUAACAGGUAUUAAGCAUCCAGCUUAUCUUUAAAUAUGGCUUAUGGCUUUAACAACUUCACUGUUCCUUGUGUCAGCCCUCAUUAUAUUUUCCUCUGCAUAUGCAUGGUUUUAAAAAAAAUGCAAUUAACAGCUAUUUGGUUAAGAAUGUUUCACCAUAUGUCAUUUCUUCUGUCAGCAAGUGCUGCGUUCAAAUAAAAGUGGGGGUUUUAAUGUACACUUUUCAACUGUACUGUAAAUUAAAUUGAUACACGGUACACAACACUGAGGGAGCGCACAGCAUGGGUCCAGGGUUUUAUGUUCUACAGACUACAUUUCAGCUGCUUUUAAAGACAAUUAGCCAUUGAAAAAAAUAGUCUGGGGGUCUGUUCUGUUUUUCUUGAAUAUGCACAAACACUGAAAUAAUUAUUUAUUGGCUUGCAAAAAAAAGAAGACUGGAAGAUGUCAGCCCUGUUUUGAUUAUUAGCGAUAAUGGACUUACCUAGAUGUAGCUGUGAGCAGAAUAUGCCCCUAAAUGCAUGCACUAGCAGCUAUACAGUUUGAUUGCUGCUGGCAUGUGCAGGCUGAUUGGAAAUGGUGACAGGACAAACAAGGAUUUGAGAGUAAAACAGGAGCCCCAGGCUUGUCCAUAUGAGCAUGGCCUCUGGCAAUGCUGCCUAGCAUCUCCAAGCAAAUUGUUCUUUUGUAUUUCUCAGGCAGGAGCUGUAAAACUCCUUGAGGAUCAGGGGGAUAUUGUUGACUGUCACUUCCUAUAGUGUCUUGAACCCUUUAUGACAAUAGCAUUAGGGAAGAUGGGGAAGGGCUCAUUUAUAAAAGAUUUCUAUUUGAAGACUAAUGGAUGUUUAACAUGAGUGUUGAUCAGCUUUGAAAGGAGCAAGAGCUCAGACACCAUGCAUCCAGUUACUUCAUUUUAAUACAUCACCAGGGUCAUACUAUACUUGCUAUGCUGGACUUCUCGUUCCCUUUGAAACUCCUGUGCCUCUUGACUCUCCUGUCUCUGUUAGCUUGACAGAAGGUAUCGCUUGCUAUAUGUCAUUUUCCUGCUGUCUCUUCAUUUGUUGUUUCUGAUUGAUUAAAACUCGAUAAGCAAAGGAUUUGAGGCUGGGUAUCAGCCGCAUACAGCAUAUUUCAUACAGCACAUUUCCAUAUCAGAUGUUUUGCCUUCCAUAAAGGGAGAAUUAGUGGCUCGGAGGUGAGAGAAUAAGUUCAUUAGGUAACUAGUAUUAAUUCUCCUUUUGUGUAUUCCCUUUAAAAAGGGCGAGAUUGAAGGCCUUUGCCUAGCAGAGGUAGGGCAACUCCUUCAUAAAGCAGAAAAAAUGUGUUUGGAAAAUCAAACACUUUAUGCUUUUCAAAUUCCCCUAGAAUGCAGAAUGGACCCGAACCCCAGCUGGUAUACAUUUGUCAUCAGCUGAGCUGAGGAUCAGGCCCUAUAUGUUUGAGGCUUAGGCUGAACGUGCAUGCUGGUAUCACACUCUCCCACGUACACUGUUUAAGAACCACAGUAUAUCCUCUACCCCUCUGACAAGCAAAUUUUAGUUUCAUCAAGGAGCAGAGAAGGAAGAUUGACAAGAGACUGAAUGGAGGGCAGCAUUAAAAUAUUUAAAAAAUGAGAAGAGAAUCCUCAUGCUUCUUGUGAAGACUGAUAUUAAAAAUAAUUAACGACAAAAAUACUUCACCUAGCAUCUGUUCUAACCCGUGACUAAUUUCAUUGCCAUUCUUGCUUAACCUUGGUCUGCUGGCAGCAACAAUUCUUUGAAGUGGUAGAAGAUUUGCCUGAGGAUGCUGCAGCAAAGUGUGAAGCCAAGGCAGGUAGUGUAGAAUAAGAAAAUGUACGAGUUGAUUAAAUCUUAAGUCCAAUUUUCAGACAUGACUCUGUGGCUUGGUUUUCCUCUCUCCCUCUGUCCUUCCCUUCCUUUCUUUCUUCCUUCCUUCCUUCCUUCAUGUGGCUCUAGGGUGGAAUUGGUUUAGGGUUUUUUAAUAAAAAUAAAUAAAUGGGUUUUGUUCAUUUGGGCAAUGUGAGUUCUUCAAAUUCUUUAAAUACUGCUGAACCAGUGCACCCUGAAUGCGGUACUAUUGAUUUUGCUAGAGCUACAGAAGUACAGGGAAGUAGUCUCUGCAAAGAAUUAAUAUCAGCAAUGGAGUAAUUGCACCAUAGCGUAGAUUUUAAGAACUCAAAUUUUAUCACAGCAUGUGGCAGGUAGAGAAUAGAAGCCCUACAUUAGUGGUGUUUGCAUACAUAGCAUCAAAAUAUGCUUUUAAUGUAAUAGUUCCAAUUUUUAAAAGUGCUUAUUCUAGAGUUAGGAGCAACAAUCUAUUGUUCCUCCAGUGAGUGACUGCUUUGAUGAUGGACAAGUUUCCUUUCAUAGAAGCUUACAAAGGAGACGUCUGAGACUCUGUCUGUAAUAUUGGGUCACAUAUUCACUGCAGCUAAUUGUAAAUCUUUCUAUGAAGCACUGAAAAGCCUCUUUGUGAAUUAACACUGUUCUGCUUUAUGCACUUGAUUAAAAAAAAGACAUUUCUCUAUAUGCAGUGCAUGUCUGCUUUGCUUUUAAAAUUACAAAGUUAGCAGAAUAUGUUGGAUAUAUUUUCUUGGGAAAUAGGGUUUUUAUCAUAUGAUUCAUCAAGGAUUUGCCUUACCCUAACAUUUGUGAUAUACAGGAAAGUCAGAAAAAUGUAAUUUUUCUUGAUCAAAAAUAUGUUUUUACUUAAAUGCGAAUAAAUGUAGUCUGUUGCUUGCAAAAUGUCUUCUGAUAUAUGCUAGUGGCUAAAUAGGUUAAUACAUGCCUCUUUUUGUUAAUCUGCCAUUUAAAUGCUGAAUUUGCUUAUGGAUCUGUUCUUUUCUCCUUUUGUCUGUGCCAUACAUCUGAAAACUUAAGGAAAUGAUGCCUUCAUACUACAAUGUUUGUUAAAGCAGAAUAUUAAUAAAACUUGUUCAGAGGACAA